AUGCCAGGGCAGGGUAAGCUGUUACUCGUGCAGCAGGCUCCCCCUCCCCGCGGGGCCGAUGAGCCCGCUGGAGCGGCAGAGACCCGUCGAGUUCGGCACCCCGGGGGUUGCCACUCGACCCGCGACCGCCUCAGGGAGACCGGCUCCGGACCUUUUCCCCCGGGAUCGACUCCCGAAGCCUUUCCCCGUGGGCGGGCCCAGCCGCAAGGCAGCGGGGGUCUGAGACCAGAGUUCUCCCCCUGGGUGGCAGUGUUAGCAGACCAAAGCCGGGAGCUGCAGCGGGACGAUGGCGGUGACCUCGGCGGCCGACAGCCCCACCGUCCUGCAGAUGGCCAAGUGGAGUCACGGGUAGACAGGACGGUGAAGGAGGCGUUCGACACGCUGGCCUUCAUCAGUCAGGACACUGAGUACGGGAGUCGGGAGGUCAUGUCCCAGUCGUACGAGACGUCGUUCCUCAACUCGGGCCUCACGGUGGGGCGAUUCAACCCGGUGCUCUGCCCUCAGGCCUCCCGGCUGAUCCUGGAUUUUGAUGAACACGUCAUCACAAAUAAGUUCAAAUUUGGCGUCAUCUACCAGAAAGCGGGACAUGUGACUGAGGAGGAUAUAUUCGGGAACAAUGAGGAAGGUGCUGAGUUCCAGGAAUUCCUUCACCUUCUGGGCGAUCGGAUCCAACUUCAGAAUUUUAUGGGGUUUCGAGGAGGUUUGGACACCAUCUUCGGACAGACCGGGUCAGAGUCAAUUUAUACGCAAUACCAGGGCAAUGAGAUCAUGUUCCACGUGUGCACGAUGUUGCCCUUCACCGAGGGUGACCCCCAGCAGCUGCAGAGGAAACGACACAUCGGAAACGACAUCGUGGCUUUAAUAUUCCAGGACGAGGAGGCUGUCUUCAGCCCAGAGAUGGUGAUGUCCAACUUCCUCCAUGCCUACGUCGUGGUGCGAGCAGAGAGAUCAGGCACAGGAGAGAGAGUCUACAGGGUCUCGGUCACGGCCCGCGACGGCGUACCCUGGUUCGGACCCGCGCUCCCUAAUCCUGCCGUCUUCCCCGAGGGACCGGAGUUCCGCGAGUUCCUGUUGGCGAAACUGAUCAAUGCGGAGUACAGCAGUUACCGAUCGGAGAGGUUCUCAGCGCUGGAGGAGCGGACGAGGGGCACGGUACUGGGGAACCUGUGCCGGGAGCUGGACGAGAGGACGCGGGCCAUGAUGGGGUCCGAGCACGGGCUGGAGGAGAGGGCCGACGGCGCCGAGCGCGGCUUCCUCGAGAACUUCAAGAGAGCGAUUCGCGGACGAAGUCACUCGUUCGAAACAGUCGGGGUGCAAUCGCGCCGGAACACGGGGGGCGACGGCAGUCCCGGCCAGGGGGCGAAGCCCACCGAGCCGUCGGGACACGGAACAGGGAUCCCGGAAUCCAGGCCCGGAGGCCAGCGGCCCGCUUGA